AACACCACACAAACUAAAACCCAGAAGAACCAGAAGAUGCAAACACAAAGAAAGUCCUCCUCUUAAUUCGAUCUCUCUCUCGACUCUUCAAGCAAACCUCAAAGAAGCGAAAAACCCUCUCGCCCAUCACACAAACCAUGGGAACUCCAGAAACCUCUCGAGAACCGUGCCCCGACCGCAUCCUCGACGACAUCGGCGGCGCCUUCGGCAUGGGGGCUGUCGGCGGCUCCGCCUUCCACUUCCUCAAGGGCGUCUACAACUCCCCCUCCGGCACUCGGCUCAUCGGCGGCUCGCAAGCCGUGCGUAUGAACGCGCCGCGAGUCGGCGGUAGCUUCGCCGUCUGGGGUGGCCUCUUCUCCGCCUUCGACUGCACGAUGGUCUAUGUCCGCCAGAAGGAGGACCCCUGGAACUCUAUCAUCGCCGGGGCCGCCACCGGUGGCUUCCUCCAGAUGCGACAGGGCCUCGGCGCCUCGGCUCGAUCGGCUGCCUUCGGUGGGGUCCUCCUGGCUCUGAUCGAAGGAGCUGGGAUCAUGCUUAAUAAGUUCAUGAGCCAGCAGCAGCAGAUGCCUAUUGUGAUUGAAGAGCCGGCGAGCGUGGGCGGUUUGCCUGGGCUUCCUCCUGUGGGCCGUGCUCCGGGUCAGCCGGGCUCGGAGCCGGCAACGUCGGUUAGCAGCAGCGGGGCUGAGGCUAGUUCAGGAGGGUGGCUUGGAGGGUGGUUCGGGAAGAGUAAGGAGCCUGAGGCUAAGAGUAGCGGAAGCGAGACAAAGAUUUUGGAGAGCUUCGAUGCCCCGCCCAUGCCCAGCUUCGAGUACAAGUGAUUGAUUGAUAGAUUUGGUGAGGAUCAAGGAAGGAUUUUGAUUAGAAGAGGCUAAUUAGAUUGUAUUUAGGAAGGGGGUUGGUAUUGAACUGAGGGAUUUGGGAAAGUUUAGGUUUUUACUGCUAAAAUUUGCAUUGCACCUAUAUAUUAAUGUUGUGCUCUUUCAAUAUAUGCUUUUCUUAAAUAACCAAGAAGUUGUAGCUGUAUUAUAAUGCUUUUGAAAUUGAUUGUAUGUUAUUUUGGGAAUUGUUUUAUGAAUUGCGGAUUAAGUUUCGGGUUUA